AUGACAUCCAAAAUUCUUCCCCAGUGGGCAUCCAAGCCUUGUGCCAUGGGAAUCGAUGAAGCUGGAAGAGGUCCUGUUUUAGGGCCUAUGGUUUACGGUUGCUUAUACUGUGCUCAGUCCUAUAUGAAAACCCUAGCCACAUUGAGUUUUGCAGAUUCUAAGACACUAAAGGAAGAGAAAAGGGAAGAGUUGUUUGAAACUUUAAAGACUAAUGAUUCUAUUGGAUGGGCUGUUGAUGUCAUUGAUCCCCGGGAACUUUCCGCCAAAAUGCUUAAAAAGAAUAAGAUAAACUUGAACGAGAUUUCCCAUGACUCUGCCAUGGGCCUCAUUGAUAGGGUACUAAAAAUGGGAGUGCUUCUAUCUGAGGUGUAUAUAGAUACAGUUGGAGAUCCAGGGAAAUAUGAAAUGAAGCUAUCUAAAAGUUUUCCAUCCAUCAAAUUUGUGGUUGCAAAGAAGGCUGAUAGCCUUUACCCUGUUGUUAGUGGUGCAAGCAUAGUUGCAAAGGUCACAAGGGACCGUGCUUUAAGAGAAUGGGUACUUGAUGAGACUGCUGAAAACAUGCAGAGGAACUUUGGCUCUGGAUAUCCUGGAGACCCUCAAACCAAGGCUUGGCUAGAGAAUCACAAACAUCAUGUCUUUGGAUUUCCAACAUUGGUUCGAUUUAGUUGGGGAACCUGCAAUUCUUAUUUUAAAGAUAUUGCAGAAGUGUUCUGGGAGUCUGACAAUUUGGAUGAAGAUGGUGGUGGUAGAAACAAUAAUAAUGGCAAGCGACAAUUGAAAUUAAGCAAUGUGGGUUUUACCACAUCCAAGAUAAGAAGUGAAGAAAUAGAAUCAAGUGGUAAAGGACGCAGUAGGUUUUUUCAGGCUCGGAAACUAGAGCACCUCACUAAUUUCUAA